AUGAAGACCAAUAAUAGGGCUUGUAGACAACUUCAAACUGUUCCAAUCUUCGUAAUCCUUUUUGUCCUCAGGACCCUCUCUACCAGCGACGAUGUCCAGGACCGCGAGACCGAGAAGGGCCGCCUGGAAGAAGCUUACGAGAAGUGCGACCGGGACCUGGACGAGCUCAUCGUGCAGCACUACACCGAGCUCACCACGGCCAUCCGCACCUACCAGAGCAUCACGGAGCGCAUCACCAACUCGCGCAACAAGAUCAAGCAGGUGAAGGAGAAUCUGCUGUCGUGCAAGAUGCUGCUGCACUGCAAGCGGGACGAGCUGCGCAAGCUGUGGAUCGAAGGGAUCGAGCACAAGCACGUCCUGAAUUUGCUGGACGAGAUAGAAAACAUCAAGCAAGUGCCCCAGAAGCUGGAACAGUGCAUGGCCAGCAAGCACUACCUCAAUGCGACGGACAUGCUGGUGUCAGCAGUGGACUCCUUGGAGGGUCCUCUUCUCCAGGUGGAGGGUCUGAGUGACCUGAGGCUGGAGCUUCACAGCAAGAAGAUGAACAUGCACUUGGUCCUCAUAGAUGAGCUGCACCGUCAUCUUUACAUCAAAUCAACUAACCGAGUGGGACCACGCAGCAAGGAGAAAGGGAGAAUCAGUUCCCUUGUGAAAGAUGCCUCUUCUGUACCUCUCAUGGAUGUUUCUAACUUGUCUACACCCCGAAAGUUCCUUGACACCUCCCAGUUUGGCACUCCUGGAAGCUCCAGCAUGCGAGAAACGAGUCUCCUGGAAAUUAAGGAAGAUGCAGACCUGGAUCCGGAGGAGAACAGCACUGUCUUCAUGGGCAUCCUCAUCAAAGGGCUGGCCAAGCUGAAAAAAAUCCCCGAAACUGUGAAAGCCAUCCAGGAUCGCCUAGAGCAAGAGCUCAAGCAGAUUGUCAAGCGCUCCACGACGCAGGUGGCAGACAACGGUUACCAGAGGGGGGAGAGUCUUUCGCAGGAAAAUCAGCCCAGGUUGCUCCUGGAACUGCUCGAGCUUCUCUUUGACAAGUUCAACGCUGUGGCUGCCGCUCACGCCGUCGUCCUCAUGCACCUGCAGCAGACGGUGGCGUCUCCUUCCAGCCAGCACGAUGGUGAUAUCAAGCUCUAUGACAUGGUCGAUGUGUGGGUGAAGAUCCAAGACGUCUUGCAGUCACCAUCUUCUAUCCGCAGAAAAUCUCUUGUAUCUUUGAGAAGGAGCAGUUCAAAAGUGUUUCUGUUUCUACUAGACCUGCCUUUUUUGCCAGCUUUGUGUGUCGAGUUCCACGUCCAUCCUUGUCAAGGUCUGCGCACGUCGGAGCCGGUGACAUCUCGUGCAUCAGUUGGCCGUGCAGGUUUGCUCAUGGAGAUCCAGCCGGCUAAACUUGGCAAAUGA